UCGCUAGUGGGGACGCGGCAGGAGCCUCCGCGCCUCGCCAUGAGCAGCCUGUCGGCCGGGCGGAAGCUCAACCUGUCACCGCACAUCCUAGAGCUCCUGGCGCUGCCCUGCUGCCUGGAGGAGCUGGAGGCCGACUGCCGGUCUUCCAUUUCAGAUGACUUAAAAGUAGGCUAUUUUAUCACGGAUCAUGCCACUCAAACAGAUAUCACAGAAUUAGUAGAACUAAAGGAGCUUACUACUACAACACAAGCCCUAGUACAGUUCACUGACUCCAUCCAGCAAGAUUUUAUGAUCUAUAAAAAUAUCCUUCAAGCACAGUAUGAGGAAAAAAUCCAAGAGCAGGCUUCGAAUCUCUGUAGACACAUAAAUGACAGACUGAGAGACAUAGAAGCUUUUCACAAACAGAAAGAAGUCAAAAUUCGACAAAGCUACCAACAGCAGCUAUGUGAUGCACUUGCUGUUCUCAGGGUAGAUUAUGAGAAAAAUUAUCGCAUACAGGAAGAUGCAGAUUCCUCAUUAGCAGCCAGCUGGCAGGUUUUGAUUAAGACACUCCAGGAGAAAGAGUCUAAAAUUCAAAAAUUAGAAGCAGAAUUACAAGAAUAUCAGGAAAGUGAAGAUACAAAAAUGAUUAUUUUUGACAACGAUGAUGACAAUGAAAAAAAUAUGCUCGAGAAAGAAAAUGAAGAUUUCAGAGAAGAGGUUUCUAGACUACUUGAUAGGAUUGCACAUCUUGAAGAGUCUCUGAAACGCAGUGAAAAAGAAAAUAAUAAAUUAGAUAAGGAGGUUCGAGGUAUGCAAUUAAAAAUGGAAAAAGAUGAGAAAACUGUUCAAAAGUUAAUUGAAGCUCAAGAAAAAAUAAGAAUGGAACUUGAAAAGGAGAGGUCAUUAAAUCAAAGUAUGCUCAGAGAACAAAAAGACCUUGAAACAAAAGUGGAAAAGAAAUUACCUGACCUACAGGAAAAGAUUCCAGCAUUGAAAGAAAAAGAUACCAAAAAAAAGGAGCCAGUGAAAAGUGAAAUUACAGUGCCUCAUGAGAGCAGAGAAUCACAAAAGGAAUAUCACAAGCAGAAACAGAAGAAGAGUCCUAGUUAUAAGGAAGCAGAAAAAAGAGCAUUACUUGCUGAAAUUGAGAAGCUGAAGAUAUCUGAAGGUCAAGAGAAGCAACACAUACAAAGUCUUAAAAAUGAAGUUGAACAAAUUAACCGAAGCUGGGCAAAGAAAUUCCAAAUUCUAAAGAAAAGCCUGCAUGCCAUUAAGGAUGAGAUGUUUCUUAGACAUACUUUGUACCGUCAGGCAGCAGCAUUUAACCAUGCAUCCCUCAAUCAACCCCUUGCUGUUCCUCUCUAUAUUGAAACUGGUGCAAGCCAAAUAAAUGAACGAAGGGGUGGUUUAUAUUUCCCUUUUUCACCAUUGCCCCAGAUACGUUCCCAGGCUACUGCAGCGAUGGAAGAAACAGAUCUUAAUAUUGUGAAAAUUCCAACUGGAACAGAAAUGUGCUGUUUGUUUGAAGAUGUUUCUGGGGAUGAAGAAUUUGUUGGGAGUCCUCCUUUUCCUUCACCUCCGUCCACGUUAACUUGACAGUUGGAGCAGUGCCUUCUGUGGGGAGAGACAGAGAGAGCAGGCUCGCAAGGAAAUAAAUGCCCAUAGGUCUUCAUGUGGUCCAGGAAAUGUUUCUCUGUGUUGCCUCGCUAGGAAGCUGUGAACACUUUGAUUCUCCAAAGUCAGGUAGUGUGUAUUUGAAGUGAAUGACAGGAAUUUAAAGACGCAACUCUCCCACCUGCACGCGUUCCUUUCUUCAAGUUCUAGGUGAUGAUCAGAAUGGGGAUAUAAACGUGUAUCGGAUGACAUUCCAUCUUGGCUCCAUAUUUGUUCCAUGCAUGGCCUGAUUCGCAGUUCUACUUUUUUUUUUUUAAGAGCAAAGUUUUAUUCUGAGUAAAGACUGAACUUCAAUCAAAUACACCACCAGCCUUGUUUAGAAACCCCUACAUUACACCACAUGAACUGAUAGUUUGAUUUAAGAGCUAGUCCUUAAACUGAGCAAGCAUAAACGGCUGGAAGUACAAGGCUUUGAUUGCAAGCUUUUGAACCAUAAGCAGAGCCCGAUCUUGAAACCUAUAAUUACUUCAGUAGCUCCACCGAGUUUAAUAAAACUUACAGAGAGAAGAAAGACUGCAUGAUUUGGCCCUUAGAUUCUGCCUAGCCGAAUAGCUGGAGUGAAUUUAGUGGCAUUGAUGUUUUAUGGGCUAUUGAUUCAUAUUUUCUUAUUCAUUGACAUCUUUAUUUUCAUCCAAAGGGACUUAAAUUAUACAAAUUAAAACAUUUCCAUAGUUACCAUGAACUGGUAAUUUGAGAAAUUACAAGUUAUCAGCCAAUAGUCUAAGCAGAUUUGUGUGUAUAUCAUAGAUGUGUGUUUAAGGUGUUUAUAAAUAUAUAAUAUUGUUUUAAAAUACUGACCAAUAAAUG